AGGUUACCACAUAGCCUUCCUUCCUUAAUGUGACAAUCCGCGAUAAUCUGAACACAUAAUUAAUAGCUAGUAAAUUAUUUAAUAAAAUAUUAAAAUAAGGGGUUUGUUCACAAAUCUAAUGAAAGCCUUGUGGAAACGGAGGAUAUUGGUAAUGAGUGUUUCAAGGAGUUGUUAUCUAAUUCUUUUUUCCAAGAUAUUGAAUGGGAUUUGUAUGGGAAUAUUAAAUCUUGCAAAAUGCAUGAUCUAGUGCAUGAUCUUGCAUUGCUUGUUUCAAAAGGUUAUACCUUGGUUUGGGACACUAGUUGCAAUUUUGAUGUUCAGAAUUGUAGUACUAUUCGACAUUUGAGAGUCAAGUCCAAGGGACAGGAUCUUCUAACCAUUCCAAGAAGUGUUGCUCAAAGGUUGCAUUCUUUGUUUUCAGAUGUUGAUGUUUUUUGUAGCAUGGCGUCAGAUCUCAAAAGCUUGCGAUCCUUGAAAUUAGAGUUUGGUCGAAAAAAGUUGCCAAAUUCUCUUGGCAAAUUGAAGCAUUUGAGGUACCUUGACAUCUCAAAAACUAAUGCCAGAACAGUACCAAAAUCCUUCUCCAAGCUCUAUCAUUUGCAGACUUCAAAUUUAUCUAAUUGCCUUCAUCUUGUAAAGCUUCCCAAUGGCAUGGCAAAUCUCACCAGCUUGAGGCAUAUCUAUUCUAGUUGUCCAAGUGAUAUAUCGAUCAUGCAGUUAACUUCCCUUCGAACAUUAUCACGCUUUGCUGUGGGCACAAAAGAGGGAUGCCGGAUUGAAGACCUUGGAUGCUUAAGCCAACUUGGAGGAAAACUAGAGAUUUGGAAGCUUGAACAUGUCAGAUCCAAAUUGGAAGCUUCUAAAGCAAAUCUGAAAGAAAAGACAAAAUUGCAUCAAUUGAAAUUAGACUGGAGUAGUGGGAAUUGGAGAGCAGUCAACAACAACAACGAUGAAGAGGUUCUAGAAAGCCUUCAACCUCAUUCAAAUUUGAAAAGCCUCACUAUUAAUGGUUACAAAGGAAAGAUGUUCCCAUCUUGGAUGGGGAAUGAUGUCAAUAGUUUUGGUUCGUCAUUCCUUCUUGACAACAUGGUGGAGUUGAAGUUAACUAAUUGCACUGAGUGCACGUGUAUUCCGAGUUUGGGGCUAUUGCCUUUUCUCAAGGUUCUCUACAUUAGAAGUAUGGAAAAUGUUAGAAGAAUGGGUCACAAGCUUCAGCCCGGAGGAGCAGAAUCAAUCAGAUUGUUCCCAGCUUUGAAAACACUCACCAUAUAUGGCAUGGAAAAGCUAGAAGAAUGGGUUGAAGUUGUUGAGGAUGCAGCUGCAGGGAGUCAAGGUGUGAUCGUGUUUCCUUGCCUUGAGAAUGUGCUGAUUUCUGGUUGUCCUUUGUUGGAGACUUGGUCGAUGGGCGGAUUUUCAUCUCAUCAUAAGCUCUCUAAGCUGUCCAUAUGUUCUUGUCAGAAACUGAUGGCUAUCCCUAGUUUAGAUGGGCUCUCAACUCUUAAAAGGUUUGAGCUCAAUGACAAUGAUGGAUUAACAAGUCUACCAAUUGGGCUUGGAUCCUGCAUCUCUCUUCAGUUGUUGCGAAUUGAAAGCUGCCGAAAUCUGAUGGCUAUCCCUAGUUUAGAUGGGCUCUCAACUCUUACAACGUUUGAGCUCAAGGGCAAUAAUGGAUUAACAAGUCUACCAAUUGGGCUUGGAUCCUGCAUCUCUCUUCAGUUCUUGCGAAUUGAAAGUUGCCCAAAUCUGAACUCCAUUCCAAGUAUGAAUGGGUUGACAUCUCUUGAAGAACUCUACCUUUCUAGUUGCGAUGGAUUAACGUGUCUUCCAAUUGGGCUGGACUCUUGCAUUUCAUUGCAGAAGUUGGUAAUUAGAUUUUGCCCUAAUUUAAUUUCCAUUUCUGACGAUAUCAAGAAAUUGCGUUCUCUCAGUAUUCUUGUUAUGCGAUGUUGCGAAAAUCUAAGGAGCUUUCCGGAGGGGUGGCUAGAUAGCCUCACCCGCUUGAAGAACUUAUGGCUUGGUCCUUUUUGGUCGGAGUUGGAGGAAUUCCCAGGAUUGACCUCCAUUCAUCAGUUCCACCCCUCGCUUGAAGUAUUGAUCUUGUACGGAUGGGAUAAACUAAAGUCUCUGCCACAUCAGCUUCGACAUCUCACUGCCCUCAAGGAAUUAACUUUAGGGAAAUUCAAUGGCCUGGAAGCUUUGCCAGAGUGGUUGGGAGACUUCUCUUCUCUUGAUUGGCUGGAGAUUUCGGAAUGCUAUAAUUCGACUCUUCUGCCUUCUAUUGACGCCAUGCGAGGAUAUCUUCAAAUUUUCGAUUUUCCGAAAUUGAAGAGAAGAUGCGCCAAAAAGAGCGGUCCCGAAUGGUCCAAUAUCUCCCACAUUCCCAAUAUCUGCAUACAUGACAAGGUGGUGCAGGGGAAGUACCGAUCUUCCGAUAGUAUGUUUAAUUUCUGGAACCCUAAUCCCUUCGUUCCACAUCAUUUAAGUAUUAUGCUAAUCAGAAAUUUAACGACUAUUCAGAUCUCUGGCGCUAAAUAUUUAUGCACAUCUGCUCAGGCCUCAGGGUUCCUCUAAAGCUAGUGAGUUAGCAAUCUAAUUUUCCUGAUCUGAAACCAAAAAAAUAUCAUGAUGACUGGAGGGAAUUUUCACAGUAGGGACCCAACCAGAUGAGUAGUCCUCUCUUUGAGUUGUUGAGGCUCAUAAACAGAUUUAGCUAUUCUACAGCCAUGUAGUUUUCGAAUUAUGACCACAUUUUGAGGUGCAAGUUUUCUGGUAUUUAGACAUUUGUCAUGCUGAUCAAAGUGUUGAGGUGUCUCGGAUUGCCAGUUUAAGUGGAUUACCCUACAAAGGGUUACUGUGCCAAAUACCUGAUCUGUUGUGCAAACUGAACUGUUAUUUCUUCAGUGGCUCUCUCUUGUUAGAACCUACACCAGAGUUUCUCUAGGUUAGAGAUUAUGGUGUUUUUGUGACUUGCUACUUUGCAAACUGUUAAUGAUGAAAUCUGGAGUCUGGACUCCUUAUGACUUUGUGAACUUCAACAUUUUGAGAACAUGCUUUUCCCAUUGACAAGAGCACUGCAGCUUCACUAGCAUAAACCAUGGCUGCAGUCCUUUCAAUUUUUCUUGAAAUGUACAGAUCCAGGUGCCAUAGAUUAUGUGUACACACAUUUUGCAGUAGUGAGGAAAGCAUUGAAAUUUACUUGGAACUAAACAACAGAUCAACUCUUCCACCAAUUCUUAGGCUUUUGUGGUUUUAUGGUAGAAUAUCUCAUUCAAUUGCCAGCAAACAAGGAAGAUGGUAUGGCUUUUCAAACCUUUUUCUUUGCAUCUAAAACAUAUU